GUGAAAUAACCUCAACUCCCUUGAGAUCCAACGGCUCACAGUUCGUCCAUACAAUCGAACUUUGAACGCAAUUAUCGCUCCCAGUAGCCCCCAAAAAAGGACACCCUUUCCUCCACCAAUUUACUGUUAAAAGCUCGCGUCGACCCCCCAAAUUUCCCCAACCCAGAUCUAAAGUGCUCUAAACUCCUCUUUCCCUCUUGCUCUUUCUCUCUCACAUUGAAUCAAGAAAAUGGCGGUGGCACCCUCAGCUCGCGAAGAGAACGUGUACAUGGCGAAGCUGGCCGAGCAGGCCGAACGCUACGAGGAGAUGGUGGAGUUCAUGGAGAAGGUCACGGCCUCAGCGGAGAACGAGGAGCUGUCCGUGGAGGAACGUAACCUCCUCUCCGUGGCCUACAAGAACGUGAUCGGAGCGCGCCGAGCCUCCUGGCGCAUCAUCUCCUCCAUCGAGCAGAAGGAGGAGAGUCGAGGCAACGAAGACCACGUCGCCACCAUCUGCGACUACCGAUCCAAGAUCGAGUCCGAGCUCUCCUCCAUCUGCGACGGCAUCCUCAAGCUCCUCGACACGCGCCUCAUUCCCUCCGCCUCCGCCGGCGACUCCAAGGUCUUCUACCUCAAGAUGAAGGGCGAUUACCACAGGUACUUGGCAGAGUUCAAGACCGGAGCCGACCGCAAGGAGGCCGCCGAGAGCACCCUCACUGCCUACAAAUCCGCUCAGGAUAUCGCAAACGCGGAGUUGGCUCCUACACAUCCAAUCCGGCUUGGACUUGCUCUGAACUUCUCUGUAUUUCACUACGAGAUUCUGAAUUCCCCCGAUCGUGCUUGCAGCCUUGCUAAACAGGCUUUUGAUGAAGCAAUUGCUGAGUUGGAUACCCUGGGCGAGGAGUCAUACAAGGAUAGCACUUUGAUCAUGCAACUUCUCCGUGACAACCUCACUCUUUGGAGCUCCGACAUGCAGGAUGAUGGGGCAGAUGAGAUCAAAGAUGCAGCACCCAAACCCGAUGAACAGCAGGGAGCUCAUUGAACUAUGGACGAGAGUUCAACUUCUCCUCUAUGUGUUUUUUAAUUGGAGAAGGAGAGAAGGUGCUUGUUAUUAAUUUCACCGUUUCUGAGUUUUUAGGCCGCCUUGUUUAUUGGUACCAAUAUGGUGGACAUACCAAAUCCUUUUAGCUUGUCUUAUCAAAUUAUAAGCGUUUGUGGA